AUGAGCGGCGCCGUAAAUUCUCCUCCAGAAGAUAAGCAGUCUAAUACAGAGACUCCAGCUGUACCGGAACCACCGUCCUUCAAGGUGUACAAUCCUCCUCGGACCGCUGCUACCUCCCCGCGUGAUUUGCCGGAUGACUACUUCACGCCGUCGGCGGCUGACCUGAAGUUGGCCCAAGCCGCCUUGCACUCGCGGACACAAGCACUAGUCAACGCGCCUUUCCAGACGCGCGCGCUGAGGGAGCAGACAGAGAAGGCGAAGCGAGAGCGCUGGCCCACUACAACUAUCCGUGUGAGAUUCACGGAUCGCACGCAGCUGGAGAAAGUGUACCCUUCGACGGACAAGAUACGCUCCGUGUACGCCUUCGUGCGAGGCUCAUUGAGAGAGGACGUGAAGCCUAUCAAGUUCAUCCUAUAUCAGAGCCCUCCCAAGAGAGAUCUGAAGGUUUCCGAUCCCAAUGUUCGAGAUCUAACACUGGCGGAACUGCAACUCUCCCCAUCGUCUGUUUUGCUGCUUCGCUUCGAGGACGAAUCGAUGAAUCACUCGGAUUAUCCUGCACCUCUCGCACCAUCUGUUCUCGAGCAAGCCGUUGAUCUUCCAACGCCGCCAGACUUCGAUGCCUCGCCCCAAACUAAAUCGCAAUCCCAGGCGCAAUCUCAAAAGCAGUCUCAUACAUCCUCAGCGUCGAGUCAACCUGCUCAAUCCAGCGGCGAGAGGAAGAUUCCCAAGUGGUUAAAGUUGGGACCAACAAAGGUGUAUCACAAGUGGGACUUGAAACUCAUCGGAUCUCAAGUUGCGGGCUGA